CUUUAUUUUUUUUUCCAAAGAUCUCCUGCUGCCGCUUCCCGAAACGGACCUAUUUAGAUCUCAUCUUCCUCUUCUCGUCUCCCCCCGCCCUCGACCGAUUGAUUCUUUCGACGACUCCCGUUUCAACCGAACUUCAACGCUCCGGACGGAGGGAGGAUCCUCCUCCGAGGAAGAACGCCGGCGAUGUUCCUGUUCGAUUGGUUCUACGGCGUCCUCGCGUCGCUGGGUCUGUGGCAGAAGGAGGCCAAGAUCCUGUUCCUGGGCCUCGACAACGCCGGCAAGACCACGCUGCUCCACAUGCUGAAGGACGAGAGAUUGGUGCAGCACCAGCCGACCCAGCAUCCGACGUCGGAGGAGCUGAGUAUUGGGAAGAUCAAGUUCAAGGCUUUUGAUCUGGGUGGUCACCAGAUUGCUCGGAGGGUCUGGAAAGAUUACUACGCGAAGGUGGACGCUGUGGUGUAUCUGGUGGAUGCCUAUGACAAGGAGAGGUUUGCUGAGUCAAAGAGGGAGCUGGAUGCGCUCCUUUCUGAUGAAGCCCUGGCUAAUGUUCCAUUUCUCGUGCUAGGAAAUAAGAUUGACAUCCCUUAUGCAGCCUCAGAAGACGAGUUAUGCUAUCAUUUGGGUUUGGCCAACUUCACAACCGGCAAGGGGAAGGUUAAUCUCACGGAUGGCAACAUUCGACCCAUUGAGGUUUUCAUGUGUAGUAUUGUCCGUAAGAUGGGGUAUGGCGAUGGAUUUAAGUGGCUUUCGCAAUAUAUAAAGUAGGGAGUUUUCCUUUUUUAUUUGGGCAGUAGAGGAACUCUCAGCAUAUUACUUUUUCCAUCACGCUGCACUUAGCAGCUACAGUCAAAGUAGAAAAGGUUUUUUUAGUAUUCUUUUCAACGGAGUUAAAGAUAAACAGGGGUGGCAAGUCCACAUGAUACAUGGAUUGGUUUUACAUUUUGGAA